AUGGCUCGUCUCACGCUGGAUGAUAACGAUGCCCGUGUGCGGCGAUGGUUCGCCGCAGAAGUCGAAAAACUCGGAUGUUCACUGUCCAUUGAUCAGAUGGGGAACAUGUUUGCACGCCAGAAAGGCAAGUUGCAGACAUCUUCCCCCAUGAUCGCCAUGGGAAGCCAUCUUGAUACCCAACCACGGGGUGGUCGGUACGAUGGGAUUCUGGGGGUGAUGGCAGCGCUGGAAGUGCUACGAACAAUGAAGGAGAACGGAUUCCAGACCAACUACGAUGUAGGAAUUGUCAAUUGGACAAAUGAAGAAGGAGCUCGAUUCCCCAGGUCAAUGUGCUCCUCUGGGGUUUGGGCUGGAGCCAUUCCGAUCGAGAAGGCCUGGGAUCUUCGUGAUAUACAUGAUUCAAGUGUCACACUAAAGUCCGAGCUCGAGAGACACGGAUUUCUAGGCCAAAUCGAGUGCUCACACACUGCUUAUCCCCUCGCAGCGCAUUUUGAGCUGCAUAUCGAACAGGGCCCCAUUUUACAAGAGACCGGACGUUCCAUUGGCGUCGUCCAGGGCGCACAAGGAUACAGGUGGUUUACUUUUACAGUCAAGGGACGCGAUGCACACACAGGCACGACGCCCUUGAGUGCCCGUCAGGAUCCCCUACUUGCAGCCUCGCGAAUGAUUGCAGCGUCAAAUGACAUCGCUCAAAAGCACAAUGCUCUUGCUUCGACUGGGAUUUUCAGGAUACCUCCUAACGCAUCGACUAAUACGGUUGCAUCCGAGGUUUCCUUCACGCUUGAUAUCCGACACCCGCAGGAUAGUGUGGUACAUGCAGUGCAAGAAGAAUGUCUGCAGGCCUUCUCAGCCAUUGCCGCUCAGGACGGAAAAGGAGUCACCUUCGACUGGACGUUGGACACUGAUUCCCCGGCUGUGAAGUUUGAUCAAGAGUGCCUCGAGUCCAUCCAGGCAGCGGCCAACCAUCUCGUUGGUCCCGAUCAGCGGAUGAACAUAUCCAGCGGCGCUGGCCACGAUAGCGUGUAUACCAGCCAUCACUGUCCGACCGCCAUGAUAUUUGUGCCCUGCCGCGACGGCGUCAGUCACCAUCCAACGGAGUACUGUAGUCCCGAGCACUGUGCAUUGGGUGCUCAAACCCUGCUCGAGGCUGUGGUUCACUACGACCGUACUAAGGCGCAAAACAUCUGA